CAUUCAACCUUGUCAGGCACGGCCGGUGCGCCGAGCCGGGACGCGCACCGAACGCAGAUGUAGCCCAAGUGGCCAAAUCCCCAAAUCCCCGUGGCGAGGCCCCCACAAACAGCGCCAAAAACGGAGGAAAAAACCGGAGCCUUUGCCGCUCCCGUUUAAAAGCCACCGCCCACCACCACCGCCACCUCCCAAGCUCCCACACCCCCACUCCACCGCCGCCGCCUCCCAGCUCGCACGACCGCGUUCCACGCACGGACGGACGCCCAAGAGACUGAGCGCACGGGCCAUGCAGAUCCUCCGGCUGCUCGCGGCGCGGCGCUUCCGCCGCCGGCGCCGCGCGGUGUCCACGAUCACCGCCGCCGCGACGGCGCCGGUCACCCCGCGCGGCGGGUACGGGUGCGGGUACGGCGAGGAGGAGGACGAGGGCCCCUUCUUCGACCUGGACCUGUCCUGCCGCUCCGCGCCCGCCUCCACCGCGGGCAGCCAGGCGGCCGAGUCGGGCUCCGAGUCCGACGACUACCCCUCGUCCUCCGGCCCCGCCGCCAGCGCCGCUGAACGAGGCGACCUCGACUUCGUCAUCUCGCUGCAGCGGAGCCGCUCCGCGUCGCCAUCGUACGAGGAGCGCCUCUUCUUCCGCGGCGCCGCGGCGGCGCCGGCGACACCCCUCCCCCCGCCGCCGCUCAUGCGAGAUGACGAGGGGGGGCGCAGCAGCAGCGCGGGCCGGCGCGCGGGAAGCGGCAGCAGCAGCAGGCUGCAGCUGCGCACGCUCAGCUUCGGGUCCGCCAAGGCCGCCCUCUACGGCGGCCGCGCCAGCUUCUCCCGGAGCGCCAGCAGCGGCGCGCGCUCCGCCUCCAGGCUCUUCGCCGCGUACGGCGGCGGCGGGUCGCCCGGCGGCGGCCAGGACCCGCGGCGGGACGAGGCCAGGGCCCGGCCGCCCCCGGGCGACGUCUUCCGGCGGUACCUCAGCAAGAUCUCGAGCCGGCUGCGGCGGCGCGGUGCGGUGGCGCCCGCCGGCGCCGGCGCCGCGGACCUCCGGCCCCGGAAAAGCCGAUCGGCGUCCGCCGCCCAGUCCCCGCCGGCCCACCGCGACGACUCGCUCGCCGAGAAGCAGGACGGCAUUGCCAGCGCCAUCGCUCACUGCAAGGAGUCGCUCCACCGAGCGUCCAUCUCCGAGCUCGACACGUCGCUGCUGCGGUCGCGGAGCGACCCAGGGCCGUGACGUCGCUCCACCUGAGAGCAAGCAGCCAGCAUCGUUGCUGGGGAUUUCUGCAUUCGCCAUGCUCGCCGCUCGGCUCCUCUCCGGCGACGGCGGCCGAAGCUUCGAGCGGAAUUUCGCGGCGGACGCGAGGAAAAGACGGCGAACGUGCCACCGCGAGUACGAGUCGCUAAAAAGGCUCGCGUGAAGAACAUGCAGGGGGGCGGUUUGGCGAGCGGGCGCGAGAGAUCUUUAGGCUUUGUUUAUGCGUGCAAGCGGGGCUCUUUUGGUGGGUUUUGUUUAGGCGUCGGAAAAGAGCUCCUUUUAGGCUCCUUUAGCCACCUCCCCCGUGUACAAGCGUGGAUCUGUGUCCCUCUCCACCUCCUUUGCUUUGUUAGGUUUUCCCUUCUUUUUUUGGUUCACUUUGUACAAGAGAUUGUUGCAACACGACCUGUAAUUAGGUACUCAACCUUGUGCACCAUCUGGCUCUAGGCCUCUUCUCUUUUUUUUUCUUUA